AUGGACGUCUCCGACAUUACCCUCAACCGCCAAAUUGGCGUUAAAGCUAUACGGCCUGGCUGCUAUCGCUCUGUUGUCAAUCCGACACGAAUGGGCAAGCUCUCAUCGACUGCAUUCGGAGGGAAUUUGUUGGCAAUUGCGGUGAAUUCUACAUACCAGACUGUCUCACAUCUUCAUCACUUAUAUUCCAUUUGUGGGCACUUCCUCCGUCCUGCCACAACAGACCGCAAAUUGAUUUGCGAGGUGCAAAAUGUACGGGAUACCAGGAGCUUCCAGACGCGAGUCGUAAGAGUCAGCCAGGAAGCGGAUGAUGGUUCGAUGAGAGCAUGCCUCGUCGCAUCGGCCGAUUUCCAUGUCGAGGAACCUGCAUCUAUGGUCGCAUACAGCGUUCUCCCCCAAGCUAGCAGUUCUGUGACUCCAGUGUCGGACAAUACGAAGAAUUCUGCGCCCCAUGGGUAUGGCCUUUACAAGUAUAUCGAGAAAUUCACGGAUGUUCAACCAAUCUUCCUUCAAGGCGAUACAGAUCGAAUUCCAGAGACCGCUCCGUCAGUGGUAUCCAGCGAAAGAUUUCGAGUGCGUGGUCCGCUAGAAAGUCAGGCUGAAGAGCUGUCCGCUCUUGCUUUCUACAUGGAUCGAGGUCUUGCGUACAUCCCUGCGGGUCAUAGCGGGUACGAGUUGCUAGAUGCAAGUGCUUGUGCCACUUUAGAUUUUGCUCUACGGAUAUUCAGGCCACAAAUUACCCUAAAGAAUUGGCAUAUCUCAGAACAGCGAACUGCUGUUGCAAACAAUGCCAGGGCUUUUAGUGAGGGGCAAGUGUGGGACGAGAAUGGUAUUCUCAUUGCCAGCAUGACCCAGCAAACUAUGCUGCGCCCUAAACCUGGGUUUAUACCACGGAUCUGA